AUGGCCAGUCAAACAAACUCUUCCGUCCAUACGGAUGUUGGCGGGCAAUUGCGAAGCAGGCCAGUCGUACCUGGGCAGAAUAACCCGCGAAACACUGGUGAAGAUGGCCCAAAAGACUCGGCGCAAUUGCACGUCCAUGAGCAGACGCCCCUCCUUCAACGGACGAGCGAAGAAAGUGAGGAUGAAGGCUUAGACUCAUCUACCAGAAUUCGACGGCGCUUUGGCGGUGCUGCGGUUCCCAAGAUUAACCUGAUGGUCUCUCUCACCUGUAGAGACUAUCUGGCCAAAAGAGCCUCUAGCGAUCCUGGAUUCACGUACUUGCCUGUCCUUCUUGGACAGGACAACUCCCAGUGCCAAAUACCGGAAGUUCAGUCCCUCGUUGCCCGCUUUCAAUUGUAUUACAAUCUGGUAGUAGGUCUGCUGUCGGCACUGAUCAGCCCUCAAUUGGGCCAUUUAUCGGACCGCUAUGGAAGAACGUCUAUGAUUGCUGUGAGUGCAAUGGGAACGGUACUAGCAGAGAUAAUUACCGUCAUUGUGGCAGCAAAUGCAGAGCGAGUAUCGAUAUAUCUACUGCUUCUGGGCGCUACAUUUGACGGCUUAGGAGGCUCAUUCACUGCUAUGCUAGCUCUGAGCACUUCGUACGCCUCUGAUUGUACCAUUUCGGGGAAACGCAGUGUAGCUUUUGGGUACUUGCAUGGCGCCAUCUUCACUGGAGUUGCAGCUGGGCCGUUCCUUGUGGCCAUACUCAUGAAGAAGACACACGAUAUAAUGAGUGUGUUCUGUUCCGCGCUGGCUCUUCAUGUGCUUUUCUUCUUUGUGGUCUUGCUCGUCAUCCCGGAGUCGCUGUCUAAGGAGCAAAAACAGAGUGCUCAAGAAAAACAUCAGGUGAAGCUCGCCAAUCAAGAAGAUAUACGCUGGUUGUCAAUGAGAUUUUGGAACCCGAAGAAAAUCAUCGCGCCUCUAGCCGUCUUAUUUCCACCAGCUGGGCGACCUAGCACUCUAUUCCCUAAUCGCGGGGGCGCCAGUCCAGCAUUGCGAAGAAACAUCAUCCUGCUCUCUGUGAUCGAUACGCUUCACCUCGGCAUGGCCCUAGGCACGUCACAGAUUAUCAUUAUCUAUGCGGGAUAUAUGUUCGGCUGGGGAAAUGUUGAAUCAAGCUUAUUCGUGUCCAUCAUCAGUUCCGUUCGCGUCCUCAACUUCUUCAUUGUGCUCCCCAUGAUUACGCGGAUCUUCCGUGAGGAACCAAGGGAGGACCUGGUUAUUUCUGGUUCCGGUGUGGUUGAUGUCGUCCUUAUUCGCGUCUCGAUUCUGCUGGAUACGAUUGGGUUCGUAGGAUAUGCACUGGCAAAUCACGGCUCGCUUUUGCUCUUGUCGGGAGUCGUCACAUCAUUAGGGGGCAUGGCCGCGCCGGUGUUGCAGUCGUCUCUUACUAAACACGUGCCCCGCGAUCGCAUAGGACAGAUACUCGGUGCUAAAGGCCUUCUACAUGCUAUUGCUCGAGUAAUAGCGCCUUCCAUCUGCAGUUUCAUAUACAGUGUGACGGUGGGUAAAUUCUCACAGGCAGUAUUUGUAUGCCUGUCACUUGUCUUUGGGAUUGCAUUUUGUUGCACCUUGUAUAUCAAAGCGCAUGUCCGACUUGAUUUCGACGAUCCAAGAAAUCAUAACAUCGAUCCCAAUGACUACAGAGAAGCGGUUGAGGAUGAACUCUUACCUUAA